AUGUACGAUGAUUACAAGAAAGAGGUGUUCCAAAACAUGAUUGCACUUAAUGUUUUUAUUAAAGAUCUCCAAAAAUAUUCAGAUGAACAAAAACAAAUCUUAAAAGAAGCCCUUAAAGAACAAGAUAAUGAGGACGGAACUAUACAAUUAAAAUAUUCUCCUUAUGGUUCAAAAAUGGAAAUCAAAAGUAAUUUUGGUGAUAACCAUAAUCCUUUCAAUGACAGUUAUCAAAAAAUCAAAAACUCUCCCAACUUCUACCAAGAAGCACCAUUUUUAACUAUUGCGGAGGAUUUGUUGAAACUAAUUAAGGAGGAUAAAGUAGAUAGGUUAAUUUUCUUGUCUGCUUACGAUAAAAGAAAAUUUCCUUACGGAGAUAGUAGAAAGGUAGAAAUCUUUAACCAAACAUUUGGCAGUCUUGUCAGUGAUUAUAAGAGCAAAAUAAUAGAGGGAAUAGGCACAGAUAACAAUAUUGCUUCUGAAAGGUAUCUUUUGAUUGAUGAUAAUCCAAAUAUUUGUAAGAGUUUGGUUGAAACUAAUGGAGUUAUUGCCAAGCCGUGUCUAGAAUGUUUGAUUAAAUAUGAAAACAAAAAAUGGGCCUUAGGAAGUUGUGUGAGUGGCAAAUGUCCUAUAAAUAAUAUAAAUGUCCUUUCCCCUUAUUAUCCCUCUACGGCAGACCAACAUUUCAAGACUGUAUUAUUAGUUAAGCAAGAAGUAAGCAAUUUAAAGAAAGAGGAUUUUAAUAUUUUUGAUGAAGAUAUGGGCAAAUUAAUUGCUAUCAAAAAACAAGUUAAUAAAUUGAAAGAGAAAGAGGAUAACAGUGGCAUUUUAAGAGUAGUUACUUGGGAAGAUAUUCGCAAAAAAGAUAAUGAAGCGGGGAAAAUAGACUGA